AUGGUUGACCCGUCUGAUACAGAGGAUCAGACCAAGGGGAAAGGCCCACAGAUGGAUGUCCCAAUGGUGGCCUCUGAAGCCCAAAGACUACCAGACCAGGCCUCUGCACCCACAAGACCAGACCUCUGUACCCACCAGACCAGGACUUUGUACCCACAAGACCAGGCCACAGUACCCUCCAGACUACCAGACCAGGACUCUGUACCCACCAGACGAUCAGACCAGGCAUCUGUACCCACCAGACUAGCAGACCAGGCCUCGAUACCCACCAGACUGCCAGAUCAGACCUCUACUACCAGAGCAGGCCUCUGUACACACCAGACUACCAGACCAGGCCUCUGUACCCACCAGACCAUGCCUCUGUACCCACCAUACUACCAGACCAGGCCUCUGUACCCUCCAGACCACCAGACCAGACCUCUGUACCCACCAGACCAGGACUCGUGUACCCACACCAGACUACCAGACCAGGCCUCUGUACCCACCAGACAACCAGACCAGGCCUCUGUACCCACCAGACAACCAGACCAGGACUCUGUACCCACCAGACUACCAGACCAGGCCUCUGUACCCUCCAGACCAGGCCUCUGUACCCACCAGACCAGACCUCUGUACCCACCAUACUACCAGACCAGGCCUCUGUACCCACCAGACUACCAGACCAGGCCUCUGUACCCACCAGACUACCAGACCAGGCCUCUGUACCCACCAGACUACCAGACCAGGCCUCUGUACCCUCCAGACCAGGCCUCUGUACCCACCAGACCAGGCCUCUGUACCCACCAUACUACCAGACCAGGCCUCUGUACCCUCCAGACUACCAGACCAGGCCUAUGUACCCACCAGACUACCAGACCAGGCCUCUGUACCCACCAGCCUACCAGGCCAGACCUCUGUACCCACCAGACCAGGCCUCUGUACCCACCAGACCAGGCAUCUGUACCCACCAGCCUACCAGACCAGGCCUCUGUACCCUCCAGACUACCAGACCAGGCCUCUGUACCCACCAGCCUACCAGGCCAGGCCUCUGUACCCACCAGACUACUAGACCAGGCCUCUGUACCCACCAGACCAGGCCUCUGUACCCUCCAGACUACCAGACCAGGCCUCUGUACCCACCAUACUACCAGACCAGGACUCUGUACCCACCAGACUAGCAGACCAGGCCUCUGUACCCACCAGACCAGGCCUCUGUACCCUCCAGACUACCAGACCAGGUCUUUGUACCCACCAGACUACCAUACCAGGCCUCUGUACCCACCAGACUACCAGACCAGGCCUCUGUACCCACUAGACCAGGCCUCUGUACCCUCCAGACUACCAGACCAGGCCUCUGUACCCACCAUACUACCAGACCAGGACUCUGUACCCACCAGACUACCAGACCAGGCCUCUGUACCCACCAGACUAGUAGACCAGGCCUCUGUACCCACCAGAUUACCAGACCAGGCCUCUAUUACCAGACCAGGCCUCUGUACCCUCCAGACUACCAGACCAGGCCUCUGUACCCACCAGACUACCAGACCAGGCCUCUGCACCCACAAGACGAUCAGACCAGGCCUCUGUACCCACCAGACUACCAGACCAGGACUCUGUACCCACCAGACUAGCAGACCAGGCCUCUGUACCUACCAGACCAGGCCUCUGUACCCUCCAGACUACCAGACCAGGUCUCUGUACCCACCAGACUACCAUACCAGGCCUCUGUACCCACCAGACUACCAGACCAGGCCUCUGUACCCACUAGACCAGGCCUCUGUACCCUCCAGACUACCAGACCAGGCCUCUGUACCCACCAUACUACCAGACCAGGACUCUGUACCCACCAGACUACCAGACCAGGCCUCUGUACCCACCAGACUAGUAGACCAGGCCUCUGUACCCACCAGAUUACCAGACCAGGCCUCUGUACCCACUAGACUAGCAGACCAGGCAUCUGUACCCACUAGACUAGCAGACCAGGCAUCUGUACCCUCCAGAUUACCAGACCAGGCCUCUGUACCCUCCAGAUUACCAGACCAGGCCUCUGUACCCUCCAGAUUACCAGACCAGGCCUCUGUACCCUCCAGACUACCAGACCAGGCCUCUGCACCCACAAGACGAUCAGACCAGGCCUCUGUACCCACCAGACUACCAGACCAGGACUCUGUACCCACCAGACUAGCAGACCAGGCCUCUAUUACCAGACCAGGCCUCUGUACCCUCCAGAUUACCAGACCAGGCCUCUGUACCCUCCAGACUACCAGACCAGGCCUCUGCACCCACAAGAUGAUCAGACCAGGCCUCUGUACCCACCAGACUACCAGACCAGGACUCUGUACCCACCAGACUAGCAGACCAGGCCUCUGUACCCACCAGACCAGGCCUCUGUACCCUCCAGACUACCAGACCAGGUCUCUGUACCCACCAGACUACCAUACCAGGCCUCUGUACCCACCAGACUACCAGACCAGGCCUCUGUACCCACUAGACCAGGCCUCUGUACCCUCCAGACUACCAGACCAGGCCUCUGUACCCACCAUACUACCAGACCAGGACUCUGUACCCACCAGACUACCAGACCAGGCCUCUGUACCCACCAGACUAGUAGACCAGGCCUCUGUACCCACCAGAUUACCAGACCAGGCCUCUACCAGGCCUCUGUACCCUACAGACUACCAGGCCUCUGUACCCACCAGACUACCAGACCAGGCCUCUGCACCCACAAGACGAUCAGACCAGGCCUCUGUACCCACCAGACUACCAGACCAGGCCUCUGUACCCACCAGACUACCAGACCAGACCUCUGUACCCACCAGACUACCAGACCAGGCCUCUGUGCCCACCAGACUACCAGACCAUGGUGAAGGGAAAGCAACAGAGGAGGGUGAGGGUGUGGGUGGCAGUGACGUAGAGACCACAUCUAUACACUUUGGGUUGGGAAGAGGAUGUCAGCCCCUCCCCCAGUUGGACAGGAGUCCAGCCCUCCCAGUCCAUUCACCCAGCCCCAGCUUCGUAGCCCUCCAGACAGGCAGCUUCAGCCUCCUCCAGUCCUACAGCCACCCCCUCCACACACCCAGCUUCAGUCUCCUCCCCCUCCAGACACCCAGGUUCAGCCUCCUCCCCUCCCCCUCCAGACUUCCCCCACCCUCCUCCUUAGAGCCCUCCGGUCUGUCAGGAGACAGCAACCCCCACUCUAGACAUCAGCCAGCCUCCGAGCCCAGCACAUCCAGACCUCAAGCCUCCUAG